AUGAAAGAAAAAAUAAUAAUAAUAUAUAUAUAUAUAGAAUUAUAAAUAAAAAAAUAUUAAAAAAAUAAUUAAAAGGCAAUAUCAAUAUCUGCAAUUCUAGCAAUUUUAGCAUUAUUAAAAGCUUUAAAAUCAUCAAGAAGUGCUGAAAUCGACAAGGAAGUAUAAAGAGAGAAAAACCUAAAAAAAUCCGGAAAAGGUAAUGUAGAUUUAAUAUUUUUAAAGAGAAUACAAGAACUAUUGAAAAUAGUGAUUCCUUCAUUGAAAAAUGCGGCAGUUAAAGACAUAGUAAUUCUCACAAUAUUUUUAAUAUUAAGGACAUACUUAUCCAUAUACAUAGCCAGUGCAAAUGGUUUAAUUGUAAAAGCAAUAAUAAAAUUAGAUUUCUAAUUAUUUGUUAAAAGAAUUAUUUAAUUAUGCCUAAUAGCCGUACCAGCCUCUUUUGUAAAUUCCUAUUUAGAAUUUUUAAAUAAAAGACUAGCGAUACAUUUCCGUACUGAAUUAACGAAAGAUUUAUGCGGUUUAUAUUUAAAAGGGAUGACAAAUUACCAAUUGACAAACUUAGACUAAAGAGUUGUAAAUCCAGACUAGAGAUUAACAUCUGAUAUAGAAAAAUGGGCAAAUUCAUUAUCUGUAAUUUACUCGAAUUUCACAAAACCAGUUUUAGACAUAUUUUUGUUUUCCAAAAAACUCUCUGAAUUAGUAGGUUAUAGAGGUCCUUUGAUAGUCAUUUUAUGGUAUUUACUAUCCGGAACUGUAAUUAAGUUUGUAUCUCCCCCUUUCGGUAAAUUAACAGCCAUAGCUUAAAGAAACGAGGGUGAAUAUAGACAUUGUUAUACUGAUUUAGUCCAUCAUUGUGAAGAAGUAGCCUUUUAUAAGGGUAAUUAGUGGGAAAAAGAACGUGUAGGAAAUUCAUUUAAAAAGCUUAUUAAACACUAGGAAAACUUAAUGACUAAAAGACUAUAUAUGGGUACUUUUGACUCCAUGUUAGUAAAAUAUGGGGCUGUAAUGGUAGGUUAUGCGGUUUUAGGGUUGCCUGUAUUUGGACCAGGAUCAUAGGAGUAUUUAAAGAGUAUAGGAAAUGAUCCGUCUACCAUAACUAGAGAUUAUGUAAGAAACUCUUCGCUUUUAAUUAAUUUAGCAAAAGCUAUUGGAAGAUUAGUUAUUUCUUAUAAGGAAAUUUAAGAGUUGGCAGGAUAUACGACUGUUGUGAGUGAAAUUAGAGAUGUUUUAUUAGAUUUGUAAAAUGGAUAGUAUUAGAGGAAAUUAGUUGAUUCAGCUAAAGAAUUCGGAUUUAAAGAUACUUAAAAACCUUAAAUGGUUAAUAUUAGUACUGGAAAUCUUCAUGAAAGUUAAGAUUGUAUAAUAUUUGACAAGGUACCUAUUAUUACCCCUAAUGGUGAGAAAUUAUCAAAAUAAAUAUCUUUAUUAAUUAAACAUGGGGAAAAUGUAAUAGUUACUGGUCCUAAUGGAUGUGGUAAAUCAUCACUUUUUAGAAUUUUAGGAGGACUAUGGCCUAUAUUUGCUGGGUCUUUAACUAGUCCUUAAUUGUAAGAUUUGUUUUAUAUACCUUAGAAAGCUUAUUUACCUUCAGGAACAUUAAGAGAUUAAAUUAUUUAUCCAGAUACUAAAUUAAAUAUGUUAAGAAAAAAAAUAUCUGAUGAAAAAUUAAAAGAAUUUUUAAGACAUGUAAAUCUUGAAUAUAUAGUAAAUAGAGAACCUAAUUAGUUUGAUACUGAAGGAGAUUGGUAUGAUAAACUUUCUGGUGGUGAAAAAUAAAGAAUUUCUAUGGCAAGAAUGUUUUAUCAUAAACCUAAAUUUGCAAUAUUAGAUGAAUGUACUAGUGCUGUUAGUAUGGAUGUUGAACAUUAAUUAUAUGAUUAUUGUAGAAUUAAUAAUAUUACUUUAUUUACUAUUUCUCAUAGAGUUGAAUAAUUAAAAAAAUUCCAUGAUUUUAUUUUAAGGUUUGAUGGAGAAACUAAUUGGAAAUAUGAAAAAAUUAAUCAUUGA